AUGUACGAUUACUUCGCCCAAAACUUUGGUUCUAGCGAAUCAGUGCCUGACAAUUCGCUACAAAAUAAAUAUAAGGACUUUGAAAUCAAGGAUUUGAAAAAAGCUCUGAAAACCCUUAAAUCAACGAAUGGUGAACUAGACGAAAUUAAAUAUGUGUCGCAUAUAUUGCGUGAUAAGCUUCGCUCAAACAACAACAAUGAGUCAAGUCUAGACAGCAGCCAGUCACUUAACCAUGACAAAUAUAUCGGGAAAAAUUUCUGCGGUUACGUCAAGAAUAUUCUAAGGAAGAAAGACACUAUAUUACCAUCUUUCAACAUGACGCAAUGCCUAUCCCACUUCACUAAGACCUUUGCUGGAAUUCAUCCAAACAAAUUGUUCAAUAUUCCUAGCUGGAUUCCUGCGUUGUCUGACCCCGAAGUUCAAUUUGACCUUGACCCCCCAUCGUAUCAACAAGUCACGAAUAUAAUACGCAGAACGAAGGCAUCUGGCUCUCCAUGUCCCCUUGAUCAGCUAUUUAUUAUAUGUUUUAAACGCUGUCCUUUCCUAAGAACAUAUUUAACUGACCUUAUUCGUGCCGUGUGGCUAUCUGGAACCAUCCCUUCAGAAUGGAAGAAAGCUUGCACAAUACUAAUCCAUAAAAAAGGCGAUACUAAUACCCCGUCCAAUUUCCGACCUAUCACACUGGAGACCAUACCAUUAAAAGUAUUCACUUCCUGCCUACGUAACGCUAUGUAUUCAUUCCUAACCGUUAAUAACUUUAUUGAACAUAAUAUUCAAAAAGGAUUCACAUCUAACAUGUCUGGCACCUUAGAACAUACUGCACAAAUGGCCAAUAUAAUCAAUAAAGCCCGAAUCAAACAACGCUCACUAGUCAUCACCCUACUUGACCUCAAGAAUGCUUUUGGUGAAGUUCAUCAUUAUCUGAUCACAUCCGUACUUGAUUACCACCAUAUCCCUGAACAUGUUAAAUUGAUAAUUAAAAGUCUAUAUACCGAUUUUAAAACUUGA